AUGUUGUCAGAUCAGUUUGGCGGGCUUGUUGGGCUCAUCGGUCUCCAGAAGCUGAUGCAGGAUGCGUCCCUGUGGAGACUUUUCAGCACAACGCUGGUGUUGGCGAUCCUGGGAGUGGUCGUUGACUAUGCCAGAAUGUUACGGCUGCGGUCCAAAAUGCCUCCCGGACCAUUACCAUACCCGAUUGUGGGAAACACCUUCAUGCUUCCCGACCACAAGCCCUGGUUGUGGUUUGAAGAGUUGUCCAAGAAGUACAGCGCCCCUCUCGUCACGAUAUGGAUAGGAAGAAACCCGACUGUUUGGAUCAACGACGCCUGGGCAGCUUCGGAGUUGUUUGACAAGCGAGCAGGCAUCUACUCGUCGCGCCCGCGCAUGGUGGUCUUUGCGGAGCUGGGCGCAGGGCAGUCGAACCUUGUGAACAUGUACACGUGGACCCCUGAACAGCGAGAGCGGUGGCGUGUGCAGAGGAAAUUGAUGCACUUUGCUGUAGGUGUCCAACAAGUUCGAAAGUACCGCAGCUUUCAGAACGAUGAGAGCCGCGUCGUGGCAUAUGACUUGCUUCGGACACCGGAAGAUUAUGUGAAGCACUUUGAGCGAUAUGCCACGAGCGUGGUCAGCAUCAUCGGAUUUGGGAGAAGGGUCUCGAGCAGCGAGGAUCCUAUCAUUACAGAAGUUAUCGCCGUGAUGCAGCUGGCAGCAGAGCUGAACGUCCCGGGAAAGACGUUUCCGAUGCUGAUGGAGACGUUCCCUGCACUCGCUAGAUUCCCCAAUGCCUUGGCUCCUUGGAAACACGGACUCGGACGCAAGAGAGGUCACGGUUUCUUCUACGCCGUGGCAGAGGAGGCAGCACAGAAGCCAGGCCAUGACGACAGCUUUGUCAAGUACCUCUUCGCCGAGAGGGAAAAAUACAACCUCGACGAAGAGGAGAUAUCCAGCCUGAGCGGCAACCUAUUUGGCGCUGGGUCCGACACCAGCAGCAGCACGCUGAUCACGUUCGUGCUGGCGUGCUGCGCGUUCCCAGAGGCACUGGUCCCUGCGUGGGAGGAGCUGGACCGUGUGGUAGGCCCCGAUCGGAGCCCACACUUUGACGACGAGCCCAACCUUCCAUACCUGAGAGCGUUUGUGAAGGAAGUGCUCCGGUGGCGGUCCGUGGCCAUCAUCGGAGGCCAACCGCACUCGCCUACGCAGGACGACGUGUACAAGGGAUGGCUGAUUCCCAAGGGCACCUGGAUUCAAGGCAACGUGUGGGCGAUCCAUCACAAUGAAAGGGAGUUCCCUGACCCAGACAGGUUUAAUCCAGAGAGGUACCUGCCGGGCCAUCCAGACAGUAGGCCUUUUCCCGGCGAAAGGGGCUAUAUGACGUUUGGAUGGGGUCGAAGAGUCUGCAGCGGUCAGGCGCUGGCUGAGCAGGGGACGUGGGUGACUAUUGCCAGGCUGCUCUGGGGCUUCCACAUCCAAAAGAAGAAGAGGCCAGAUGGUAGUCUUGUGGAGGUUGACAUCUUUGACUACACAAAUGGCCUGAACAUGCGCCCUCGCCCAUUCGAAUGCAGCAUCGAGCCACGAUCAGAGAAGAUCCGAGCGACCAUCGAGCGUGAGGGUCGACAGGCACUACAGGACUUGGAGCAGUACCGAGGCGAGAGCAAGUACCGCAUGUCGACAUUCUAUAAGCAGAAUGACCUGGCGAUGAAGAUGUUUGGCGAUGGCGUGAAGUGA